ACAAAAUGGUUAACCUCGCUAGAGGGCGCACGUGAAGGAAGAACGCUCCUGAGAAUUAUAAGAUUUCCAGGGCUUUUCGGCCAAAAACGUGCGGCAAAAAAGUGAAAACGGCCCUAUUAAGUGUUAAGAAACCACAGAGAGUAAGGUCCGUUCAAUCGCAUAUCGAUUACAACACAAGAAAAUCUACACAAAGUGACAACCACAACCAGUCAGAGAAUAUCACAAUACUGAGUAAUACAAGGAACAUUUACAAAUACAAAGUAUAAUAAACACCGGUAAGAAGCCCCACAAUAACAAAUAUCACAAAUAAAAACCCGUAUAACUCACAAAACCCAUAAGUCGAAAAGUAAGGUUAAGUGAGGUUAUGACCACGUGGAAGGAAAACGAAUUAACCGUCCUACAAGAGUAUUUAGCCACCAAAGAAGGCCCCAUAACCCGAGAUGACCACACUAUUAUCCAGCAAAGACUACCACACAGAUCCAUAGCAGCUAUAAAAAAGAAAUGCCAAGAAACCAAGGCAGCCACGAACAAUCCUGCAGCCCAAGCAGAAAGGCGGCAAAGAGCAAGCAGGUGGUGCAAUGAGGAAGUAGAAAGGUUGGUGGAAGCAUAUACAAGCAGAGAAGAAACCCAAGUUACAGCGAGAUUAAAGGCAAUCCAACAUAUGUUCCCAGGCAGAUCGGUCAAAGCCUUGGCAUCAAAACUGAAGACCGAACACCCAAAUAUUUACUAUAUGAAAGCAGGACCCUUAACAGACCCAGAAGACAACACUAGUUUGCACAAUGAAGCAAAUGAAGAUGAAAAUAGCACAAACAAUAAAGACGAUCACAUAGUGGCAGAAAACCAAGAAGGGAAUCCACACGAAGUAAGUGCACAAGAAGAAAGACCACCUAACAGAGAUAAUACAAGCACAAAUAACCAAAUUGUGACCACAGAAAAUGCACACGAAGUAAGCACACAAGAACGUAAGCAAGCAAACACAAACGAGAGUGGUGAAAACAAUCAAAAUGAACCCAUUAGAGAAAAUAGAAUGAAAAAAAUAGAAGAAAAUUUGGAAAACAAUGAUGAUUUACUGGUAAAUGACCAAGAAUUACAAAACUUAUCAACAAUGUUUGAAAAAAUCUACAAAAACACAGGUAAAAUUAAAACAAAGAUCAAAAAAUUUUUUAUAAGACCUAAAAACAAUAAAACAGUAAAUCAAGUAAACCAAAUUUUAGAACGAAAAAUAGCAGACAUCCAAAACACUACAGAAACAGAAGUAGAAAAGAGAAAGCAAAUAAAAACAUGUAUAUACACUGCUGGCCAACUACUAAGGACAAUGAUAUUUGGCAAGAACAAUGAAAAAACACCAGAUUAUGUCCCCACUGAGAGAAAAAUAAAACAACUCAAAGAAAACAAAGAAAUAGCAGAGCAAAUAAGACAGAUUAAUGGAGAAAAAUUAAAUAAAAAACAGUACACAUUAAUAAAAAUAAUGAAAAAGUGGAGAACAACACCCACCCAGUAUAUAAACACAGCAGAAGAAAGAAUAAAAAGUCUAGAGAUACAACUGGAAAAACAAAAACAGAGGAAAGAUGAUGUAGAAGAAAAAACACCUAUAUUAGACAAAUGGCUGAAAAAACUGCAGAGAUAUAGUAAAAAUAACAACUAUCAAGAACAACCAGAACAACUCAAACUUGCUAAGCUCAUAAAGACUGUCCUCCAGAAGUCACCACCUUGGAAAGCCCCAGGAGAGGAUGGUAUUCCCACCUACCUAUACAAGAUAUUGCCAGCUGCAAACAGAUACCUUAACCAACAUAUGCAAAGAAUCUUUAGUGGAGCAACAUCAAUCAAUGAAGCUGAUACGAGAGCCACAGUCAUCCUUAUACACAAGAAAGGAGAUCCUGAAAAUCCCAGCAACUACAGGCCUAUAGCGCUAUUAAACAACGACUACAAGAUGCUAACAGCCACAAUAACACUGAUGCUCAAAGAAAACCUUCCCAAGUGGGCCAUACCACCUGAACAGCUAGCCAGAGAGAACGUCUGGGGCACCAUGCAGGGAAUGAUGAUAGACAAAGCCACCACGCAGAUAGCCCGUAUGAGGAACAGGACAAACUACUCCACCUGGUAUGACUUUACCAAGGCCUACGACUCCAUUAACCACGAACAACUGAAAAGGAUGAUGAACACCCUCCCCCUCCCAAGAAUUGUCCGCCAAGUAUUGCGCCAAGCGGUAGGACUCUGGUCAAUAAGAGUUAAAGCAGGAAAGGGCCUCUCCAAACCCAUAUAUGUCAAAAGAGGAGUAUACCAAGGUGACACCAUAAGUCCAAUGCUAUUUGUGCUAAUAACAGCUUCAAUAUUGGUGCACCUUAGAGAAGAUCCUGAGAUCAACCGACUUACCAAAGGCAAGCAUGUAAUUAUGGCCUUUAUGGAUGACAUCAAGGUGCACACACCAACAAAGGAAGGCAGCAGAAUAAUGACAGAGGAACUAAGGAGGGGAGCACAAGAACUGGGGCUAAGGCUCAAUGAGAACAAAUGUGGACUGUACAGCCGAGACCAAGAGGGAGAAGUGAUAGACCAAGACCCACCAUUUCUCCCAGAGAUCAGAGAAGCAUACACCUACCUAGGCAUUGAGCAGCUGGAGAGAGAUACACAAAAAAAUUACGAGAACAUACAGACUAAAGUCAAACAAAAGACUGAAGUAAUUUUUUCCUCAGAGCUCUCAACAAACCAAAAAGUAGAACUUUAUAACAGCGCCAUCGUUUCCGCAGCCAUAUAUGUCCUGGGUAAUAUAUACCCCGACGAAAAACUAGCUACUUCCCUACUGAAAUGCAAAAAAAUGGAUGACAACAUUCGAAAAUCUCUAGUCCAGCACAACAUCAAGGGCAAAACAACAUCAAAUGCCAGGGUAUAUCUCCCAACCCUCAAGGGGGGCUUAGGUAUAAGAUCCAUAGAGCUGGAAACCGAACUCCAACUUGUGAGGAAAGGAGUAUACCUCGAGAACCACCCAGACACGAAGGAGGCGCUACAAAAAUUCCAAAAAUUACAAGCUAAAGGCUGGAGGAACCCAAUUACAGACAUGGGAAGGGUGCUGGAGAAAUAUGAGUGCACAAAUAUUGAGGUCGACAUGGAGAGAGAUCUAAAAAAGCUAACACAAAAAAUCGUGAAGAGGGUUAGAGAAAGGCAGAUAGCCAGGAUAGAAGUAAAAUGGGCCACACAUAUGCACUACCCCAAACGUGUAGUUAAAGAAGGAAACAAAAUAACUUUCCCCGCAUACACUUCACCAUUUCUUGAUGGCUGGAGACUGACCCUUCUACAAGCAGCCGCAGAAGAACAGAUUCAUGGGCUGGGGGCCAUCCCAGAAUACCGCAGGAGGUGCAGAAGAGGCUGUGCAAAUGACGAAACGGCGUACCACGUUGCCACAGCAUGCCCAAGCAACGAGUUCAUCACCAGACAUGACAACUUGGUAUAUUGGAUACUAAAGGCCAUACUGGGUGCGACCGGAGCUCCAAAACCAACCACGGAGAGCCUAUUCUUCGGUAAGGCAACCCUGAACGCGCAGUACACCAACAUUAAGAACCAAAGGAACAUGACAGUAAUAGCAGGCCACCCAAUAAUAACUGAAUAUAAUCUACAUCACAAUAAGCCUGAUAUCCUGGUGAAACUGGAAAACCCCACGGAAGUAAUAAUUUUGGAAAUUGCAAUAUCACAUAUCCAAAAUUACAGAGACCAAGAAAUGCUAAAGCACACAAGAUAUGCUGUAAAUUCUGUGGACAACAUAACCAAUGAAAAUGCCACAUCCAUUAGUCGCAAAGCAAAUCUGGUCACUGAGGUGGGGAACAUGCAUGCUUGCUCGGCGGAACUGGGGAUAUUUGUGGUUGGAUGCUAUGGGGAGAUCAUUACGACUGAAGCCCAUAACAAAUGUAUCAAAUUACUCAAGAGGCUGGGUCUAAGUGAUCUGGACUGCAAAGGACUGGUAAAUAAGUGCAGCUACUCAGCAGCAGUAUCAACUUCAACAAUCCUGAUGAGGAGGCUGCAGAAAUAGGGCACUACCCUACAAACUACCCAAGUAUUCUGUAUAUGUGAUAAACCAAAUGUGAUAUUUUUUUUUUGUAAUGUAAUCAAAUGUGAUAAAAUGUAUAUAUUUACACACAAUGUAGUAUUUUAUAAUAAGACAGUAUGUAAAUAAAGAUAUUAUAGACCAUAUGGGAUAUAUAAAUUUAAGACAAG